AUGGUAUAUAAUAGUAAUAAAAGAAAGACUACUAGUAGUAGUAGUGGAGGAGGUGGUGGGAGUGGAGGUAAAGCUAAUAACAAUAGUAGUAGUCAAAAUAAUAAAAAUAGUAAUAUAUCACCUACACAAUUGAGUAUUUAUAAAUCUGUGAGUGAUAAGGUAUUCCCUUCGUUCAGUGGGCGACAAGCAUCGAUGCUUGAAUUCUUUCCAAAGAAAAAGGUUGAAUCUAAAUCAUCACAGGAGGUAGAGGUUGUGGAAGAUGACAACGGUGUCAUAACAAAGACAACUACAACCACUACCACUGUAACAACCGUUGUUACCAAAGUAAUGUCAACACCAACAACAUCACCAUCACCAUCACAACAACAACAUCAACAACAAUCACAAAAACUAUUAUUAUCACCUAUUCCAUUCGAUAUUUCCAAUACCACAACAAGUCAAUCAACAACAACAACACCAUUACAAUCACCUCAAUCUCAACAAGCAUCACAAAUAAUAGAUUUAGAAGAUGAAGAUGAAGAUGAUAAAGAUGAACAACAUCACUUUUUAAAGAAACAAAAAAGAACUUCAAUAACAGACAACAAUAACAAUAAUAGUAUAGUUAUAAAAGAUGAAAUAGUAUUGAUAAAAGAUGAACCUAAUAAUAUUAGUAGUACUCCACCGUCGUCGUUAUCAUUGUCAGAUUCACCUACUCAAGCAUCAUCAUCAUCACCAUCAUUGACUUCAGAAGAGAAUGCAGAUUACUCUAGAUACUAUUUGAAUGAUUUCAUCACUGUUACAGACACUGUUAUCAGUAGAGAUUCACAUCUGUUUGAAGAGGAGGAGUUGUCAAUGGUAGAGAGAUUCCACUCGAUGAACGACAGUGCGCGACAUCUCUUUGUUCGGCUGUACAACCGAAAAGGUCCGUGGUUCCGGCGAGAUUCAAUAUUCUACGAUGAGAUCAAAAAUAUCAAGAGCAGCUGCGAUGAGUUGGUGACCUGUCAGUUUCUUCACUUGUACGACACCAAACACGACGAUUACAAUGAACUGGCACCAAUCCUAACGGUCUCAACCAUCAAGAAGAUCAUCGGUAACGCUUCGCUACCGAAAGACUCUACGAAACCGGCGCUGCUCGAGCUGCUGAAAGGCAAUCCCAGUAGAGGACAAUCGACACUGAUGUUUAACAUCAGUUCGCAAUCUUCGCCGAAACAGCGAUACAAGAAACUGGUGGAGGAUAACAUUGGCGUAUGUUUCAAAGUCAACGAUAGCGUUGUCAAACUCUGGAGAAUGAUUCAUCAUCUUUUCUUUUACAAUUGGCAAAUACAUAACUCGACGUCGCUCAUUGUUAACAAUAUUAUGGGUAUCGAAUUUCCAGAGUAUAAGAUAUGGGAUGGUAAUAGCAAUAGCAAUAGCAAUAACAAUAAUAAUAGCAAUAAGAGUAAGAGUAAUAAUCAUGGAGAAUCACGAAAUAUCUUUGAAACAAGAGCAUCGCUUUUGGAGUUUGAAGAUGUCAAGGCGAUAGAGGAGAGAUUCGACAGUACCAACAUUAAGUCGACUGGAAACGAUCAAGAUGAGUUGAAUACAGUGAUAUCAAUGAUAAAUGAUUGUGCAGAGAAGUUAUCAAAUAUGACAAAUAAUAAAUUGAGCAAUAAUAAUAAUAGCAACAACAAUAUUGGAAGUAGGAAUAACAUUACAUUUGCACUAAGAUUUACACCUGGUUGGGUUUAUACACGUGUUUUAACAAGUGGAAUUGCACUGCUCGAGAAACUUAAGGAGUAUGAUAAGGCUAUAUUCCAUCUGAUGGUACUGACAGAGGUGCCUUUCUGUCCUGGAAAACGUGGACAUUGGUGGCAGCGAAUGAUCAUCAAUAUGAAACAUCUGAAUCGAAGUGACGAUGCUCUUGUAAUUUGUGAACGUGCAUUAAAAGAUGAAAAAGUGACAAGUGGUGAUAGAUUAGCUUUGGAAAAUCACUAUUUACAAUUGACAAGAAAUAAAAAUAUUAAUGUACCAGACGGUCUUAUUAAAAUGGCACAUACAAUAAGAAAAGCAAAUCCAGUCACUGUUUAUUGUGAAAAAGUGGAAACUGGACUGCCAGGCCGUAAAAGUAGAUACUUUAUAGAGAAUCCAGAGGAUAAAGAGAAAUCACCAAUUAUUACCAAUGUUGAAGGAGUUGCACUGAAUUAUUAUGCAACGGAAUGUAAAGAAAAGUGGAAAGGUAUUCAUUGUGAAACCUCUAUAUUUCUAUCGAUGUUUGUUUUGUUUUUCUGGGAUAUCAUUUUCGACUCUGACAUUCCUUUUGUAUUUCAAUCACCGUUCCAAGAUGCACCUCUGGAUUUCGGAACAAGCGAAUUCUAUAUAUCAAGAGCGCACCUAAUCAACAAAAGAGCGGAAGAACUCAAAAAUAGUACACGUGAUGAACGUAAAGCAAUACUUGAAUAUAUCUGGGAGAAAUAUCAUGGAAGAGUAGUUAGAUGUAUAAAUUGGGAUAAAUAUUCUUUAGAACAAUUAAUUGAUAUCUCAGAUCAUGUUGGAGGUGGAUUGAUUGGAUAUUGUUCAAAGCUGAUAACUGAAGACUAUACAUGCUUUUCACAUGGUAUGCCCGAUCUUCUUUUGUGGUCUCGUAAUCCCGAUGAUCAGUUAGAAGAGUCCUACUUUAUUAAAUUUGUCGAAGUAAAAGGCGCAGGUGACACACUCAGCAAUCAACAAAAAGUUUGGAUCGAUAUGUUAUUGAAUUUUGGAUGUGAUGUUGAUUAUUAUAGUAGUAGUAGCAUAGUAGUCUCAAAUCAUAUUCUUAAUGAGACAAAUUCACUCCAUGUAUUUUAG